AUGGCUGAUCUUCCGGAACUGUGGAAAAAGCUCUCCACCACAGACAGCAAAUCUCUCCUCAAGAAACACUGCACGGAAGAGGUCUACGAGAAGCUGAAGGACAAGAAGACAAGUUUUGGUGGCACUCUCGCUGACUGUAUCCGAUCUGGAUCACAGAACCCAGAAAGUGGGGUUGGUGUUUAUGCCUCUUGCCCAGAGGGCUACACAGUCUUCGCUGAUCUCCUCAAUCCAGUCAUCUUGGACUAUCACAAAAUCACUGAGCUGAAACACCCAGAAUGUGACUUCGGCGACAUGGCCAACCUGGGCUUCGGUGACUUGGACCCUAGCGGGGAUAUGAUCGUGUCCACCCGUGUGCGUGUGGGUCGGAGCCACGCCAAGUUCGGCUUCCCUCCCACCCUCAACAAGGAGCAGAGAGUGGAGAUGCAGAACAUCACGAAGGCUGCCCUGGAAGGACUCACCGGGGAGCUGAAAGGCACAUACUAUCCACUCGAAGGCAUGACCAAGGAGACCCAGAAACAACUCACGGACGACCACUUCCUGUUCAACGACAGUGACAGGUUCCUGAAAGCUGCCAGUGGCUACGAUGACUGGCCCGUCGGCCGAGGCAUUUUCUUCAACGACAAUAAAACCUUCUUGGUCUGGGUGAACGAGGAAGACCACAUCCGAAUCAUCUCCAUGCAGAAGGGAGGCGAUUUGUCGGCAGUCUACAAGAGACUUGUGGCAGGUAUAAAAGAGCUGGAGAAGAAGCUCGAGUUCGCCCGCCUGCCACAGAUGGGUUACCUGACCUUCUGUCCCAGCAACCUUGGCACAACACUCCGCGCCAGCGUGCACAUCAAGAUCCCAAAAGUUGCAGCGAUGCCCGAGUUCAAGGAAAUCUGUGACAAACACAACCUACAGGCACGUGGAAUCCAUGGAGAACACACUGAGAGUGUGGGUGGUGUUUAUGAUAUCUCCAACAAACGCCGGAUGGGCCUGAGCGAAAUCGAGGCGAUCCAGGAAAUGAGACGUGGAGUAGAAGAAAUCAUUAAGUUAGAAAAGACAACCUUCCUAUCCUACAACAUGGCUGAUCUUCCGGAACUGUGGAAAAAGCUCUCCACCACAGACAGCAAAUCUCUCCUCAAGAAACACUGCACGGAAGAGGUCUACGAGAAGCUGAAGGACAAGAAGACAAGUUUUGGUGGCACUCUCGCUGACUGUAUCCGAUCUGGAUCACAGAACCCAGAAAGUGGGGUUGGUGUUUAUGCCUCUUGCCCAGAGGGCUACACAGUCUUCGCUGAUCUCCUCAAUCCAGUCAUCUUGGACUAUCACAAAAUCACUGAGCUGAAACACCCAGAAUGUGACUUCGGCGACAUGGCCAACCUGGGCUUCGGUGACUUGGACCCUAGCGGGGAUAUGAUCGUGUCCACCCGUGUGCGUGUGGGUCGGAGCCACGCCAAGUUCGGCUUCCCUCCCACCCUCAACAAGGAGCAGAGAGUGGAGAUGCAGAACAUCACGAAGGCCGCCCUGGAAGGACUCACCGGGGAGCUGAAAGGCACAUACUAUCCACUCGAAGGCAUGACCAAGGAGACCCAGAAACAACUCACGGACGACCACUUCCUGUUCAACGACAGUGACAGGUUCCUGAAAGCUGCCAGUGGCUACGAUGACUGGCCCGUCGGCCGAGGCAUUUUCUUCAACGACAAUAAAACCUUCUUGGUCUGGGUGAACGAGGAAGACCACAUCCGAAUCAUCUCCAUGCAGAAGGGAGGCGAUUUGUCGGCAGUCUACAAGAGACUUGUGGCAGGUAUAAAAGAGCUGGAGAAGAAGCUCGAGUUCGCCCGCCUGCCACAGGUGGGUUAUCUGACCUUCUGUCCCAGCAACCUUGGCACAACACUCCGCGCCAGCGUGCACAUCAAGAUCCCAAAAGUUGCAGCGAUGCCCGAGUUCAAGGAAAUCUGUGACAAACACAACCUACAGGCACGUGGAAUCCAUGGAGAACACACUGAGAGUGUGGGUGGUGUUUAUGAUAUCUCCAACAAACGCCGGAUGGGCCUGAGCGAAAUUGAGGCCAUCCAGGAAAUGAGACGUGGAGUAGAAGAAAUCAUUAAGUUAGAAAAAAGUGCCUAA